AUGACAGAUGAAAAGUUACUUACGUUCUUUGCUGAGGUGGAAAAAAUUGUGAACAAUCGUCCGUUAACUCCGAUAUCCGAUGAUGUUAAGGAUUUGGAAGUUAUCACUCCAAAUAAGUUGUUAUUACUUGGAAAUAAUGAAACAGUGAUAGAUCAUUUGGAAUUUCCGCAAGUUUGCAUUCGCCUUUGGCGAAGAGUUCAGGCAUCGGUUGAUACCUUUUGGAAACGAUGGAAGUCUGAAUAUUUGGCCUCCUUGCAAGAAAGACACAAAUGGCAGGGAGAGGGUAGGGAUUUGAAGGUGGGAGACCUGGUGCUCGUGACCACUGAAGGUGUCCAAAUAAAUUGCUGGCCGUUAGGAGUUGUUAAUGAGGUUCUUCCUACUAAAGAUGGUUUGAUAAGGGAAGUCUUGGUUCGCAAAGCUCAUGGGACUCUGCGACGUGAUGUACGCAAUUUAUGUUGGUUAGAAGGUGAUGACGGUUAA